AUGAUGUCCUAUAUGAAGCAGCCUCAUUACGCAGUCAAUGGGUUAACCCUAGCGGGACCGGGCAUGGACCUGCUCCAUUCCGCCGUGGGAUACCCAACCACCCCGCGGAAGCAGCGGCGCGAGCGGACGACUUUCACGCGGGCCCAGCUGGACAUUCUGGAGGCACUUUUCGCUAAGACCCGCUACCCCGACAUCUUCAUGCGAGAGGAGGUAGCGCUCAAGAUCAACCUGCCGGAGUCCCGGGUGCAGGUUUGGUUCAAGAACCGACGGGCCAAGUGCCGCCAGCAGCAGCAGCAGAGCAGCGGCCAGGCCAAGGCGCGCCCAGCCAAGAAGAAGAGCUCGCCGGCCCGGGAAACCAGCUCGGAAACCAGCACCAAUGGGCAGUACACCCCCCCGCCCGCCGGCACCUCAGGCACCCCCAGCUCCACGGCCAGCGCCACCGUCUCCAUCUGGAGCCCGGCCUCCAUCUCCCCCAUCCCCGACCCCCUGGCCUCCUCGGCCACCCCCUGCAUGCAGCGCUCCGCCGCCUACCCCAUGACCUACACCCAGGCCACUGGCUACCCCCAGAGCUACGCCGGCUCGUCCUCCUACUUCACCGGCCUGGACUGCGGCUCCUACCUCUCGCCCAUGCACCCGCAGCUCUCCGCCCCUGGCGCUGCCCUGAGCCCCAUUGCCGCCCCGGGUAUGGGCAGCCACCUCAGCCAGUCCCCGGCCUCCCUGUCCAGCCAGGGCUUCAGCACGGCCGGCCUGAGCUUCGGCUCGAUGGAUUGCUUAGACUACAAGGAUCAGACGGCCUCUUGGAAACUCAACUUCAAUGCCACGGACUGCUUGGAUUACAAAGAUCAGAGUUCCUGGAAGUUCCAGGUGUUGUGA